AUGGCGUCGUCGUCCAAGAAGGUGUGCGUGGUGGGCGCCGGCGUCUCAGGGCUGGUAUCCGCCCGCGAGCUCCUCCGCGAGGGUCACGACGUGACGGUCAUGGAGCAGAGCAGCGGCGUCGGCGGGCAGUGGCUGUACGACCCGAGGACCGACGCCGGCGACCCCCUGGGCGUGGCCGGCGUGGCGAGCAGCAUCUACGCCUCUAUCCGGCUCAACACGCCCAGGGAGAGUAUGGGCUUCUCCGACUUCCCCUUCGUCUACCCCAGCACCGGCGGCGACGCGCGGCGGUACCCGGGGCACGCCGAGUUCCUGAGGUACAUCAGGGGCUUCUGCGACGCGUUCGGGCUCAUGGACGUCGUCAGGCUCAACACCAAGGUCCUGGACGUCGGCCUGCUGGCGCCGCGCGGCCACGACGACGACGGCGGCACGCGGUGGACGGUGAGGUGCUCGUCGAGACGUGGUGACUGUGAGGGCGAGGUGGUCACCACGGAGGAGACGUUCGACGCCGUCGUCGUCGCCAUCGGCCAAUUCACCCAGCCAAGGCUCCCUACAAUCAACGGCAUGGACAAGUGGAGCAGGAGGCAGCUGCACUCCCACUCGUACCGGGCCCCGGACUCGUUCCAGGACCAAGUGGUGGUGGUCGUCGGAUGCCAAUCGAGCGGCGUGGACAUCGCGCUUGAGCUCUGCACGGUGGCGAGAGACGUGCACAUCAGCGUCAAGUCCGUGGACGACGACGGCGCCAUCUUCCCCGGCAUGAGGAAAGCUGUGUCCAGGCGCCACAACCUGCACCUGCACCUCCAGAUCGAGUGCUUGUGUGAGGAUGGGCAGGUAACGUUCGCCGACGGCUCGUGUGUCGUCGCCGACUCCAUCAUCUCCUGCACUGGGUACGACUACUCGUUCCCGUUCCUGGACACGGGAGGUUUGGUCACCGUCGACGACAACCGCGUCGGCCCGCUGUUCGAGCACACGUUUCCGCCGGCGCUGGCGCCGUCGCUGUCCUUCGUCGGCAUACCCAAGAGGGUGGUGGUGCCGCGGUUCUACGAGACGCAGGCGAGGUGGGUGGCGCAGGUGCUGUCAGGCCGGAGGACGCUGCCGUCGUCGGAGGAGAUGAUGCGCUGGGCCGAGGAGUACCACCGCGCCAGGGAGAUGGCCGGCAUGCCCAAGCGCUUCACGCAUGUCCUCGACGACUAUGACUGCUGCGACGAGUUCGGGGAGAAGCACUGCGGGUUUCCUCGGCUGGAGAGCUGGAAGAAGGAGCUCCGGUGGGCGUCCAUCGCAAGACAAAGGGGUGAUGGCUCGGAGACCUUCCGUGACGUCUACCACGACAGCGACUUGGUUCGGGAGGGCUUGCAGGCACAGGGCUGGCCGGCUGGCUCACAGCAACACAAGUAG